UAUUGUAAAUGUUUUUAUUUAAAAAAAAUCGGAGUCCCUAAAAAGAAAAAAUCCUCAAAAAUGUUUCGCAACAUUGUAAUAGGAAUUUCCGGUGGUGUUGACAGUGCUGUUAGUGCAUUCCUAUUAAAGGAAAGAGGUUUCAAUGUCUUGGGAGUAUUUAUGAAAAAUUGGGAUGAAUUUGAUGAAAUGGGACAAUGUACAGGCGAACAGGAUCUAUUGGAUGCUGAGUAUACUUGUAAUAAAUUAAACAUUGAAUUGCGACAAGUCAAUUAUGUUAAAGAUUAUUGGAAUUCGGUAUUUACGAGUUUUCUGGAGGACUAUGAAAAUGGUUUAACUCCUAAUCCGGAUAUACUUUGCAAUAAACAUAUCAAAUUUGAUUUGUUUUACAAACAUGCUAUGGAUACUUUAGGAUAUGAUGCCAUUGCCACCGGUCACUAUGCCAAAACAAAUUUUGGUGCCUUUUUAGAAAAUUAUCAGGAAAAUCAAGAUGUUAAUUUACUUAUACCCCGAGAUAAAUUUAAAGAUCAAACAUUUUUCCUAUCGGGUAUUGAAAGAAACACUUUGAAAAGGACCAUGUUUCCUUUAAGUGAUCUCUUAAAGAGCGAAGUUAAGCAGAAAGCUAAGGACAUAGGAUUAGAACGUCUAACACAGAAAAAAGAAAGUACAGGAAUUUGUUUUGUAGGCAACAGAGAUUUUAAGGAAUUUAUUAAAGAGUACAUUACCUCCAAACCCGGCCAUUUCGUGGAUAUUGAUACAAAUCAAGUGGUGGGACAACAUGAGGGCAUACAUCAGUGGACUGUGGGACAACGUUGUCGUUUAGCCUCCUUCCUUAAGCCCUAUUUCGUGGCCCAAAAAGAUGUUGCCACAAAUACAAUUUACGUUGCCUCUGGCCAUGAUCAUCCUGCCUUAUUAAGUGAUAAAAUAUUUGCCACCCAUGUCAAUUGGCUAUGUCACGAUCCAUUUGAACAUCCCGACAAUGUAUUGGAGUGUCGAUUUCGUUUUCAACAUACAAAACCUUUAGUCAAAUGUAGAAUUUAUAGGAAAUCUAUGGAAAAUUGUAAUGAUUUAAUUAUAUUAUUGGAUAAACCCUUGAGGGCGGUAACUCCCGGACAAUAUGCUGUUUUUUACAGUGAUAAAGAGUGUUUGGGUUCAGCACGCAUUGUUAGUGCCACAAGUAUAAAAACAACAGAAUUUCUUCGUAGUGUAUUUGAAAAUUCAUGACAAUGUUAUUAUAUA